GCUGUUGAAGUCACGUUGUAAACAAUAACAUUUCAGUUCGUUUGCCGGAAAAAGUCGCGAUUUAUGUAACUAAAAGUAUACAUUUACUAACCAGAAGUAAGCAUUUAGGCCUUGUUCGGAUGAUGCUUUCCUCUGUUGGACGGUUGACACAGGCAGUGAAAACAUCACUCCAAACGCUCCAUAACCUGCGGUGUAUCCAUCAAGGGACCAGCCGUUAUGCCGGUCACUCCAAAUGGCAAAACAUACGGCACGUGAAGGCAUUAAACGAUGGACGAAAGGCGGUAUUAUUUAUUAAACUAGCUCGACAAAUUCGACUUGCUGUGCAAGCCGGAGGACCCAAUCCUGCCGUUAAUAAUCUGCUGCGAGCAUCGAUUGAUGAGGCACUGAAGAGAAACAUGCCCAAUGCUACUAUUCAGGGCAUCCUUAAGAAGUGUACAGCACAAUCGGUAGAACUGAAAAAGUAUACACUUGAAAUUAAGGCCCUUGAUCAGGUGAAUGUAAUCUGCGUUUUGUACACGGACCGAUUCGCUCAGCUGAAGAUGGAAAUGGCGACAAUUUUGAGGAAGAAUUUUGCCCUUUUCUUCGAUACUAUGCACGCAUUCGACGAAAGAGGAUUUGUUGAAGCGAUUGCGCCGGGUGAGGUUAAAGGUGACGAUCUGCUUUCCGUGUGUACCGAUCAUGCGAUUGAAACGGGUGCCGAAGAUAUCGAAGUGAUGGAUGAAAGCAGUCGACUGAUAAGGUUUUUAUGUGAACCGCGCGACUUGGAUAAGGUGAAAAAAGAGCUAGAAAAAUUGAACUAUUCGGUGGAACACAGCGAGCACGCGUUCUUCCCCAAAUCGACCAUCAAACUAAAUCCCGAAGCAAUGGAGGCGUACGAUAAGUUGAAAGAAAAGCUAAAAGCGAUGGAAGGUGUAGAGGACAUCUACGACAACGUGGAAAUGAUCGAGUAGAGCAUUGGUACGGCUACAGCACAUUUUCACUGAGACAUGGUUUUAUUGAAUAGAUUAUUCUUUGUUUUGAUGCUUAAACGUAACAA